AGCUACUAGCUAAGCUAGCCAGAUCUCUCUUUGUAAAAACGGUUCGAUUCGAGAUGGGCUCGAUCGCUCAAGCUGCCGACGACGGUUCGAGACCGGCGAGAGAUCGACAGCAAGAGGCGGAGGAGGAGGAGGAGGAAUUGGAGGCGGGAAUCGAGAUAUGGAGCUACGUGUUCGGUUUCACGAGGAUGGCGGUUGUGAAGUGCGCGGUGGAGCUCGGCAUCGCUGACGCCAUCGAGGCCCACAAGGAAGAUUCCCCUCUGACGCUGGCCCAGCUCGCCAUGGGCUUGGGCUGUGAUCCGGCCCACCUGUCCCGAAUCAUGCGGUUCUUGGUCCACGACCGUGUUUUCCGGGAAGAGCCCGCCGGCGGGGAAGAUGUUGGGUAUUCGCUGACGCCUCUCUCCCGCCGGCUUCUUGCCCGACAGGAUGGCAAGUCCAUGGCCGAUCUCCUCCUCCUGGAAAGCACGCCGGUGAUGCUCGCACCGUGGCACUACCUCAGCGCCACCGUCCGAUCACCACCGCCGGGCGAGAAGCCGAAGCCGCCGCCGUUCGAGCAAGCUCACGGGAAAUCCCUCUUCGAAUACACGGAAGCGAAUCCAGGCCACAGCAAGCUGUUCGACGGUGCGAUGUCCUGCAUCGCGAGGUCGACCCUGCCGGCGAUAAUCCGAGGCUGCCCCGAGCUGAUGGACGGGGUCGGAACCGUGGUGGACGUCGGCGGCGGUGAAGGAACCGCCGUGAGUUUGCUGGUGAAGGGGUUUCCUUCGAUCACCAAAGGGAUUAACUUCGACCUCCCCCAUGUCGUCUCUGUGGCGAUUGAGUCUCCGGGCGUGGAGCAUGUCGGCGGCGACAUGUUUGACAGUGUUCCGAAAGCCGACGCUGUGUUCAUCAUGCAAGUGCUACACGAUUGGAACGAUGAAGACUGCAUCCGGAUACUGAAGAAGUGCAGAGAAGCCAUAGCAGGGAGGGUGAAGGGGAAGCUGAUAAUAGUGGAAGCUGUGGUUCAUGAUAAUAAUAAUACUGAUAAUAAGGAAGGCAAAGAUGGGAACAGCAGGCUUGAGCACGUGAGGCUGAUGCUGGACAUGAUCAUGAUGGCGCACACGACCUUGGGGAAGGAAAGGACUCUGAAAGAAUGGCAGCUUCUUCUUCGCCAAGCUGGGUUUACCAGGGUCGUCGUCACUCCCAUCGAGGCUGUUCAGUCGAUCAUCCAAGCUUUCCCUUGAGAAUUUAUUUGAUCUUUGGCCCCUUUUAUGAAGAUGAUUGGUUUUCCGAUGUAUUACAUAUAUAGUUUGUGGUUUGGGUCUUGAAUCAUUUAGAUCGAUGGGAAAAAUAAUUUGAUUUAGUUUUUCUAUGUUUUUGGUUUUAUUGAUAUGUUUUGAGAAUAUUAUAUGGUUUGGUAUAGUGUAAGCCUGGUGCACGUUAAUCUUAGCGUAUUCUCAUCGUGUUUUGUUAUUCGCACUAUGGAUAAAUCACAGUUUUGAGGCAACCGUACUAUAUCCUAAUUAAUAAUGGUGAACUGAAUCUCGGUCCUUACUUCUCUACUUUGCUUCUCUAAUCCAAAAUAAAAAUAUUCAUUUAAU